UACAGCAUAGCCAAAUUACUCUUUGUUUCCUUGUAGCGUUUCCCGUUGGGUUCUUCGUUAAUCUCUGUUUCAAUCUUGAAAAACCAAAGCCCAGAAAUUCAAGUUAGCAAUUUUAUUGAAUUGCCCUUCAAAUUAUCUUGGUUCAAUUUUUUGUUUUUAUUGAAAUUAAAGAGAACUUUCUCUGUUAAAAAAAGAAAGAAAAUGGCUCAAGUUGUUGAAGAAUGGUAUAAGCAGAUGCCAAUCAUCACCCGUUCGUAUCUCACAGCUGCCGUAGUUACCACUAUCUGUUGCUCUCUCGAUAUAAUAUCACCUUAUCAUCUGUACUUGAACCCUAAGCUCGUUGUUAAGCAGUAUCAAUUCUGGCGCCUCAUUACUAACUUUUUGUACUUCCGCAAGAUGGAUUUGGAUUUCAUGUUUCACAUGUUCUUUCUUGCACGAUACUGCAAGCUUCUCGAAGAGAACUCUUUCAGGGGAAGGACUGCAGAUUUCUUUUACAUGCUCUUGUUUGGAGCUUCUGUCUUAACUGGCAUCGUUCUUAUUGGAGGAAUGAUACCUUAUUUAUCAGCAUCAUUUGCCAAGAUCAUAUUUCUCAGCAAUUCAUUGACAUUCAUGAUGGUUUAUGUGUGGAGCAAACAGAACCCUUUCAUACAUAUGAAUUUUCUUGGUCUAUUUACCUUUACAGCAGCUUAUUUACCCUGGGUGCUUUUAGGAUUCUCUGUCCUUGUUGGUGCUAGUGCUUGGGUGGAUCUCCUGGGAAUGAUUGCUGGUCAUGCCUACUAUUUUCUCGAAGAUGUAUAUGCAAGAAUGACGGGUCGUCGACCCCUAAAAACCCCAUCCUUUAUUAAAGCCAUGUUUGCUGAAGAUGCUGUGGUGGUAGCAUAGCCAGCAAAUGUCAGAUUUGCUCCACCACCUGCAGAUGAACGUCCGCCCUUUGAAAACUAGAGCAAUUUUGGUUGAAUCGAUCUCCGAGAG